AUGUUCGAAACUAAUAACACAGAAACCUAUUUUGGUCAAUCAGAUCUCAACAGAGUGUCAUUCUUAAGACACGAUGAAGACUUUAUCAGGCAGACUUUGACUCAUAAAUCUACUGUUGUCAUUCCAUUCAUAAAAGGUGAGGCACUACUCUCCGAUAAUGACUUGCUUACUGUAACGGUAUCUGAAGAUGCUGCUAUGCGACAUGUCAUCGAAACCAUGAUCCCGUUAUUGAAUACUAAGGAAUCAAGAUUAGAUGCCUCUGGUGUCAGUUUAACGUUCCUUGGCCUAUUGGAAUCAACUUCCACUGAUUUUUUGACUUACAAGGAUGAAUAUAAGGGAAUUCCAUACUAUGGUAUAAACUUUGUUGUCGAUGAAAAAACUAUAAUUAAACCCAAGGAUAUUGCUACGUUCGAGAAAUAUUCUCAAUUAUUGAGAGGACCUUCAUUAUUUGAGCUAGCCAAUGGAGCUGCAAGUCUCUAUUCUCAUGCUAAGAUGUAUUUGGAUUGGUUGACCAAGUAUAAAUUCUGCCCUGGUUGUGGGUCCGUAAUUUAUCCUAUUGAUGCUGGUACAAAGUUACGCUGUUCCAACGAGGAUAUGAAUGUUAAAUGCGAUGUUAGGGAUCAUAAGGUGAACAAUAUUUGCUUCCCAAGAACAGACCCUGUGGUAAUCAUUGCCAUUGUCUCGAGAGACUUUAGUAAGGUUUGUAUUGCUAGAUCGAAGAGAAAGUAUCAUGAUGUGGUGUUAUAUGGAUUAGUUGCAGGUUUCAUGGAAUGUUCCGAGACUGUAGAACAUGCUGCUGCUAGAGAGAUAUGGGAAGAGACUGGGAUGAAAUGUGAUGAAGUAUCUAUGGUUUGCACGCAACCUUGGCCUCCCGUGAACUUGAUGAUCGGUUGCAUUGGCUUUGUGGAUUUCAAUGGAGUGAAUGAGAAGAUUGAUUUAGGCCAUGAUCCUGAAUUAGCAGAAGCACAAUGGGUGGAUACUGAAGAAUUGAUGGAAGCCCAUGCAAAUUAUAAGGGCGGUAUGAUCGUACCAUUCAGAGACGGAAGCUACCUACCGGGGAAUACUGCUGUGGCAUACCAGUUAGUGGAUUAUGUUGCUGAGCAAUAUAAGAAGUUGCAAGGUAAAUCACAGUGUAAUUUAUAG